AUGGGCUGGGCACGUGCUUCUCUCUUCUUUAUACCACGUAGCCAGUUUAGUCUGGUUGUGGCUCGUCUGCAAUGGGAUUGCAAAUGCAGUUGCUUUGCUUCCUCCAUAGGCACAUGGAGCAUGACAUUUCUAAUAUCUGCCCUGCCUUCCGUUGCCUCUUCUUCUUCAUCUGGGUUAAGAUUAAGAGCGUCCAAAGUGGCUGUGCUGCGCUCUUUUACUGGCCUUUCUCCUCCUAAACCCCUUCUCCGCACUAUUGCUUCACCAGAAUUUAGCAGCUUUGAGCAUUGUUUUACUACUAUUGACAAUGGCAGUCGAGUUUUUGCCAUGAGACAUGGGAGGCGAGUCCCCAAACUCCCCCUGACCAACUCCGGGGCACUGCUGCAAGACCUCACAACUCAGCUUCUUAGACACGGUCAUAUCAAAACUACUAGAGCCAGGGCAAUUGCAAUGUGGAAGUACAUUGAUAAGAUGAUCACAUUGGCAAAGGAUGGGAACUCUUCAUAA